AGUUUCAUUUUUCAAAAGCUCAAAUAAUUAUUAUUCAUUUCAUACAUAGCAACAACUGUGUGAAAAACAUACGUAAUUUUUGAGAUUCCGUUAUUAUUAAAAUAUAAGAAGUACAUGUCAUAAUAAUUAAAAAUAAUAUAAAGAAUCAUAAUAUACGCUAAAAUUUGUAAUACUCAAAUAAUGUCGGCCUGUAUGCAACAUUUCAUAACCGAAGAAAUAAAUUGUUAUUGUGAAUGCUUUAAAGAGCUCCGGUUUAUUUCAUAGCGUAUUAUGUGGCAACACACACCAUGUCAGCUGGUGUCAGCACCGCUGAAAUAAAGAGAAUCCAAUAGAGGAGUGAGAAAACAAAAGUGAUUUUCCGAAAGCCAAAUUUUAAUUUGCUGCCGACAAAAAAAGAAAAUACUAAUUUUUCCAUUAAUAUUUGUUUCAUAUAAUAAAUUGUAAAAUGAAUCGUGCGACAGAUUUACAUGAUAGUGAUGAAAGUGACAGCGAUUUCUGUCCAGAGAAAGAAGCCGGCAUUGAAGUUUCAGAAGAAGAGGCCUCGAGCGAAUUAUCUAGUUGUAGCGAUGAAGAGGACAAAGAGGAUGACCAAACCAAAAAAUCGAAGCAAAAAGUAUCACGAAAAAAUGCUAAUGCUAUUAAAAAAUCACAAGCAAAAAAAUUGAAAACCAGAAAACGUGCACGUGCACAGAAUGAGGAAGACGCUAGCGAAAGCGAUGAUGAGUGUAAAACAGUCGACGCAGAGCGCAAGCGUAACACGCGACAAACAGAGGCUGCUAAGCGAUUAUGUGAUGGUACGGAAAAGGACACAUUGGAAUCGGAUGAGGAAAAUAAAUCACGAUCAGACGCACUUUGGGCAGAUUUUCUUAGCGAUGUAAAGCCAAAAACAUCCCAAACAGUUGCAAAAACAACAGCAACUACACAACGUAGUUCUACACAAUCUAAUGGCACAUCAGCAGCCACCACGACAAAUGGUUCAAGUGGCAUAGCCAAAAGUGUUGAAAAAUCUAACACCGAUGAAAAACCAACAGAAAUGAAGAAACCCGAAAAGAUAACGGUAACAGAAGUUUUGGAUUUUGCGGGUGAAGAAGUGCGCAUAGAAAAAGUAGUGAAUGCCGAUAGUGUUAAGGAAAACAAAGAGUCAACAAAGCGUCCGGCAGCAGGAACUUCAACUUUAAAAGCUGGCCUACCAGCAGGUUUAAAACGACCAAUGGUUGGUGGUGGCAGUAGCGCAGCCGGUUUGGGUUCAAUACUGAAUCAAAUUGGUAAAAAGAAGAAAAUAUCUGUGUUGGAAAAAUCACAAUUAGAUUGGAAAAGUUUCAAGCAAAACGAAGGCAUUGAAGAAGAACUACAAACAUUCAAUAAAGGCAAAGAUGGUUAUUUGGAACGUCAAGACUUUCUUCAACGCACCGAUUUGAGGCAAUUCGAAAUUGAGAAAAACCUACGUCAGACAAGGCGCAAUAAUUAAGCACAAUUAAAUCCUAACUUAAUAGACUAUCUUAUACUACCAUGCAUACAUACGUGUAAUUCAAAUUGACGUAUACAUUCUAAUUUAGUUAUGUAAUAUCUUAAAUACAUAUAUAAGCAUUUGAUAAAAUUCACAUGUUCAUCUCGUAAUCACAUAGCUAAUGUUCAAAUUCAAAUAAGCUAAUAUUCACCUAUUAUGAUAUCCAAAUAGUACAUAAAUAAAUAUAACUACUUCAAAAAGAAUAUAUACACAUAAAUUUAUAUAAACUAUGGAAAUAAUAUUUUCAAAAAACAGCAAAUAAAUAAAUAUUUUGAGAUGAGCGCUUAAAAAAUUAUGUCUAAAUCUGUAUAUGUGUCUAAUUUCUGGCUGCAGAAUAUGUGUAAUAUUAAAUCGACACAUAAAUAUGUUAAAAAAAAAAAACAAAAAUAAUGUUUGCGAAAUUCUCAAAUAAAGUUGCAUGUGGCCAAAA